AUGAAGAUUAGAGGACGGAGAAGAUCAUACGGUCCAGGCGUCAUCAAGGCGCUUGUCUCGCCUCAAUGCAGAAUAGAAUAUACGACACGAGCAAUAGUACGAGAAGCCAUCAUUGCUACUUUGAUUAUUGCUGCAUUGUCAAGCUGGUUUCUAAGUUAUGCCUUUCAGAGAUAUCCACUUUAUCAUGGAGAAAUCAUUUGUUGGAAAUUCGUGGUGAUUCAUUUCUUCAACAACUUGUUCAAUAUUGUUAGAGAUCCAGGUAAGAAAAGUCAACGGAUAAGAAUUCAUCAACACAUAGCGCGAGGUUGUGAACAGGCUGGAAAAAAAUCACAGAUACCUGAAAGCGAUGAGUGCUCUUGUAUAUAUAUUAAUUAUAGUGCGCAUGAUUUUCAUGAAUCAUGUGCGAGAAUAGAUGCUACUUUACAUAGCAAUGUAAGUGUUCGAGAUCAUGGCGAUAUCACUGUUGUUAUUGAUUAUCAUGAUCCUUUCCCCCUUCUACUGGCAGUUAGAUCAAGCAAGACCUCGAAUGGAUGA